GAGGAUGGCGUGCGAAGCCUCUCGUUGCCUGAUUCUCACAGGCGCUCGCCACACCCAGUGAAUUGUGAAACCUGCACGCGCCAUUGCUCAACCUGAAUGCUUCCAGUUCCAGACACGACGCCAGCCAGCCUGCCUGGAUCGGAAGAAUGACCGUACCGCCACCGCGGUGGUUCAGAACACUGCCGAAAUUUUUUACCCUGGUGACCAAUCCGACAGCCCGUGGACUUCCCAUCGCGUCUUCGCUUCGAUGAUGACCAAGCAAAAACGCGGCGGUGGUAGCGUUGGCCUCCAGGCUCCAGUGGACAGGAACGGAGAGGAAGCGCUCGUGCCCACCUGCCGAACCCGAACCAAACCCGUAGCAGAUCUUCUAGAAACCGUCGGGCGUGGCCAUAAAGGCGCGCGCUACAGGAGUGCGAGCGCUAGAUCCGCUCGCUCCCCGCAGGCACGAGCGAAUUUGUUUCUCGCUUCGAGCGGCGCACACGACACGGGGUUCUCGGUUCUCCUCCGUGCAAUCUCCGUAGGGGAAAGUGGGGGUAGGAGGUGUGGUGCGGAAUGGCGGCGUCGCUUGCAUCUGGGGAGGUGGUGAGGCGGGAUGGAGUGGCGGAGGUGGGUGCGGGGGCGGGGGCAGAGGAGGAGGACAGGUGGGCGCGGCUGCUGCCGGAGCUGGUGGCGGAGGUGGUGCGGCGCGUCGAGGCGUCCGGCGGGGAGCGGUGGCCGGCGCGGAGGGACGUCGUGUCCUGCGCCUCCGUCUGCAGGCGGUGGCGCGAGGCCGCCGCGACGGUCGUGCGGCCGCUGCCCGAGUCCGGGGAGAUCACAUUCCCGGCCUCGCUCAAGCAGCCAGGGCCAAAAGACUUCCCGAUCCAGUGCUUCAUCAAGCGAAACAAGAAGAACUACACGUUUUAUCUCUACCUUGGGUUGAGAAACAAUCUGACGGUUGCCACGGACAAAGGGAAGUUUCUCAUGGCUGCUAAAAGGUUUAGGCGAGGUGCUCAUAUAGAGUAUGUUAUUUCUCUCGAUGCUGAUGAUCUGUCGCAAGGAAACAAGGCAUAUGUGGGAAAAUUGAGGUCUGAUUUUUGGGGAACAAACUUCAAAAUUUAUGACAGCCAGCCACCCUAUGACGGUGCAAAGGUGUCAAGCACGCGAUCUAUUCGGCAUUUUGGAAGCAGGCGAAUCAGUCCUAAAGUAUCGUCAGGGAAUUUUGAUGUUGGACAGGUUUCCUACAAAUACAACCUUCUCAAAUCCAGAGGGCCUAGGAGGAUGUUUUGCACCAUGGAGUGUCCAUCGGUUCAAGAGACCUGGGAGAAUUCCUUCAAGGUGAAGUCUCUAAGGCGACCGGGUACCACUGUCCUCAGAAACAAAGCCCCACGGUGGCACGAGCACUUGCAAUGCUGGUGCUUGAACUUCCAUGGGCAAGUGACAGUUGCAUCUGUCAAGAAUUUCCAGCUGGUGGCUACAGCUGAUCUGGGCUAUCCUGAUAAUAGCGUUGGGGAUGAGGAAACCGUUCUCCUGCAGUUCGGGAAGGUUGAUAGUGAUAUCUUCACUAUGGAUUAUCGCCAGCCACUCUCAGCAUUUCAGGCGUUCGCCAUCUGCCUUAGCAGCUUUGGUACAAAGCUAGCUUGUGAGUAACAAUUUUGUUCGGGGUAGUUCAUGUCACAGAGUUGUUUCAGCCAGUUGAAUCUGCGGACGCUCUUCUCAUGUCAACUGGCUGCAUACUUCAGCUAGUUGAAUCUGCCGACACUCUUCUCAUGUUGUUACCUUUUUCUUCCGGUUUGGAUCAAGGAGCAGUUUCUGCCAUGUAUAAUCAUUGUGCAGAGUUGUUUCUAGGACGAAAAAUGUAUGUAGGAUUAGCUUGUGCUGGGAAUUGAAAAAGGAAAAGGGCCUCUUGUAUAUAUGACCUUGAAUUAAGGAGAUACCUAAUUCCCUUUUUCUGACCCGCCAUUUUAUAUAUUGUUGUAAACUUGACGAUGCUGUUUGAGUUAUAUAAUCAUGGUUAUUGGUGAUUGAAGUUCA